GUCCGCUCGCUCCCGCCUCCCCGGAGCUCGGGGCGCCGCGCGCGGGCCCGGCCCGGGGCAGGGCGGACAUGGGCGCCAAGCAGAGCGGCCCGGCCGCCGCUAACGGCCGCACCCGCGCCUACUCGGGCUCGGAUCUACCUUCCAGCAGCGGCGGCGGCGGGGCCAACGGGACCGCGGGAGGCAGCGGCGGCGGGGCUCGGGCCGCGGCGGCGGCGGCGGGCAGGUUUCCGGCUCAGGUGCCCGGCGCGCACCAGCCCAGCGCCUCGGGCGGCGCCGCGGCGGCCUCGGCGGCCCCAGCGGCCCCGCGGAGCCGUUCCCUCGGCGGAGCCGUGGGCAGCGUGGCGUCGGGGGCCCGCGCGGCGCAGUCCUCCUUCAACAUCCCCAACAGCAGCAGCGGCCCGUACGGCUCGCAGGACUCGGUGCACAGCAGCCCCGAGGACGGCGUUGGAGGCGUUGGCGGCGUUGGCGGCGGCAGGGAUCGGCUGGCGGGUGGGGGCCCCGGCGGGCCGCGCCUGGUGAUCGGCUCCUUACCAGCCCACCUUUCGCCACACAUGUUCGGAGGAUUUAAGUGCCCUGUAUGCUCAAAAUUUGUACCAUCAGAUGAAAUGGAUUUGCAUCUUGUGAUGUGUUUAACAAAGCCAAGAAUAACCUAUAAUGAGGAUGUACUGAGUAAAGAUGCUGGGGAAUGUGCAAUAUGCCUUGAAGAACUGCAGCAGGGAGACACCAUAGCACGACUGCCUUGUCUAUGCAUAUAUCAUAAAGGGUGUAUAGAUGAAUGGUUUGAAGUAAAUAGGUCUUGCCCUGAGCACCCUUCUGAUUAAACAUUGAUUCCUGUUUUAUAGGUUUUCUUGUCUUUUCAAGAUACUUGAAAAAUCGAGAGGAUGUGAAAAUCUGGAUAACAAGAUUGCAGGCCUCCUCAGCCGGACACAGUGAUACAGACAGCGGUGCAGGCAGGUGAUUGUGCCUCCAGACAGGACACUUAGCCCAGAACUCAGCCCCAAACACACAGAGCAAGGACGCACAGGGGCUCUGGCAAUGCUGCACAUCCGUAAUAGUCAUCCACAUAGGUAACACUGAGAAACAUUUUGUAUUCAGACGCCAAAGUUAACUGCUUUCCAAGUUGAUUUACCUUUUAUUAGGUUGUCUAGAGCUGCGCACCUGGUUGUGUUUUGGUUUGUUCUCCUUUUCUACUUUGGGGGUCUGUGUUUUCCCAGUGUAAUGUUUCUGUAUGUAUCUAUUCUUAAGCUGAAAGCCACAUAAUUCUUAUAAAUUAAAGUCUUAAAUGUGAAACUGAGAAAUGUAAUCAAGCAGUAAAACGUUCUCUGAAUGUAGAGUAUGAUCUCAAGUUCUUCCAUUUUUCCCCCAAAUAGUGGAAAAUGACUUCUACAUAGGAAAGCUAAAAUAUGUUAAUGUUUUUAAAUUAAAGGUUUAAUAGUAUCAGAAUGCAGUCCAAAGAGUAAAUCAAAUUACAUAAUCACAUCUUAAUUAAAUGUGGAAUUGUCUACUGAAUUGUAGUUUAUGAAAUGUUGUUUCUUUUCCAAAGGAACUGCUCAGCAGUUAAUCAGCCGUGAAUCAUCUUGCAGCUAUGCAACUUUUUUCAGAAAUAUGAAUUACCAAUUUAAAGUACUGCCAGAUAAAAUAACUUUAUUUUAACGGGUAUUUUUUGUUUAUUCUUUUCGUGUAAUUAUUUUAUUAUGUUUUGCAUCUCCAGGCAGUUUUCCCACAUUUUGGGCCAAGUGUUUGAUUGUAAAUUUAAUAACUUAUGAAAAGAUUAAACUAAAAUUUUCUGAAGUGGAGCCUGGAAUAAUUUGAGGGAUAUUUUGUAUACUUUUAAAAAUCAGAAUUUAAUUGUGAUGCCAGGUUUAUAGCAAUUUUAAUUUUCCAGAUAAUCUGGAGAUUAGCAUUUGAUAAAUGAUUUUUAAAGCAAAUAUGAUUUUGUGAAUUUAUAAUUUAUUAAUGUGUUAUUAUAAUUGAAAAUGUUAUAGAGGCUUUUAAAUUAAGUCUUAUAUGGAAAGAAAAUGUAUUAAGCAACAUUAUGUGAAUAAAUAUUCCCAAUAAUAUAUCUGAAUUGUUAGAAGUACUGGAAGAGAGCUAUCAGGGACAUAGCAGUGUCUUUUUUUUAACAUUGAAAAUACUAGUAAGAAAGUCUUGUGUUUUGACGAAGGGGAAAUGUUAUCAGUGGUAUUUAGGCGGUGCACUUUACUUGGUAUAAUUGGAAGUUGCACAGUAUAUUUCCGUAUUUUAAGCUUUCUUUUAUGUAUUUAAGUAUUUGCUUUUUUUUUUUUAAUGCUGCUACUCUUCUGGAUUUUUUCCUCUGUUGCUUCUGUUUCACAUUUUUUAAAAGGGCAAGUACAGGAGCAACUGCUGCUACCCAUACAAAUUUGUAUAUUAUAAAUAAUUAAAAGUUUUUAAUUGCUGUCUGUGUGAUUUUAGACUGGAUAACAUUUUCCCUACGGUUAUGCUGUGAAAUGCCUUUUGUUAAUGCUGCAAUUGCUAAGAGAAUCCAAAACCUCCAUUGUGACAGCUGACAGCACAGUUCCCAUAGGUGCUUCUCAACUAGUUAGGGAAGAUGUUCUUCCUCAAAGGAGCUAUUCUUUUUGCUAUGAAACCUUAAUUUGAAUCUGCUUUCUUUCACAUUUUCAAUUUUGUAGGCUUUCACACUGCUCCCCUCCCAAGUAAAACCUCUUAGAUGUAAAUAAUUUGUUUUCUACUGCUGGUAUAUUGUUGUGAUAAUAAUAUUGGCAUCUUCCUUUCAAAAGACACUGAUUACAGCCAUGGUAACCAACUGUUUGUAUUCUCCCGGGAGUUGGUUUCUGAUACAGUUGGCUAACUGUUGACUUGAGCUCACCUUUCCUUUUUGGCUUUGGAUCAGUCUUACUAGUCAGCCUCUGUUAGUCAUAGCCUUCUGUGCUGCAGCUGCUACAAUAGAAGCUCCAGUGGUUUUAAAGAAAGUGCAGUGUUUGUCAUGUCAGCUGCUACUUGAUUAUUAUGUUUUCCUCAAUCAGUAUUUACUGAAAUCUGUUUAUAGCAAUCUCUUUUUGUUGUUGAAAUGUACAAGUUGGCAUUUUUACCUUAAAUUCCAUCUCCAAUGCCUUUCUGAAACUAACAGUGGAGAAAUUAAAGAAAAAAAAAAGUUUGUAAAACCCAAGUGUUCCAAGUUUUAAUCAAAGUUGUUAUUCUUGAAAUUGUAAGUAGUACUCUACAUAAUGUCACUUCUAAUAUUUCCAAAUCUAUAUGCAGAUACAGAAUAGUGUAAGAAAGACAUAGGCUCAUGUUAUAUGUUUAAAUAGCUGGAAUUUUGGACAACUAAAAUACUAUAGAGACACACAGUAAACAGUGAGUAACCUGCAGAUGAGAUCCCGGGAUCUAUGGAAAGCAGUAUGUCCCCAGAUUUCACUUUUGUGCCACUCUGCUUCCGUUAUGGAAUUAUUGCCAAUUUUGACUCAUCUUACUUUGGCUGGGCCCUUUUAGAAAUUUGGACUUGGCCAUAAUGUUCUAGAAUAAAUUGUUAUUUUACCUUUGGCUGUUUGCCAGAGAAACAGAGUAAACAUAGUUUUCAUUAUGUUUCUUAGAUUUGGUUACAAAUCAGAUUAUAAAUUGUGUUUUAAGAACAAUGUUUGUCUCUGAAAUAGAAACAAUAAUUUUUUAUAAUUGACUUUUUUGUGAUAGCAAAAACAAGAUUUAAAGUUAUGUUAACUUUGGGUUAUACACAGCUUUUACUUUGUUAAUGCACAUUUUAUAGUUCUUUUAAAUGUUAUGCAAUUGUUUCCUUUUUCACCCACCAGUCCAAAAAUGACUGACAACCACCUUCAGCACAUUUAUAGUAUGUCUUUUGUAAAUAUUUCAGUUUGAAUCAGUCCAUAAAAGUGGAAGAUUCUUUUUCAGAGCUUGUUUGACUCAACAGCUAUGUUUUAAUGUUUGGAUAUAGUGAAGCUUAAGAGCAUUCGUGAUAUCAUAGCAAGACAUAAGGAUAGAUAUUCCUAUAAAUGAAAGAUUGUAAAUUCUAUGUAAAUAUUGCUUAGUUUGGUGCACUGACUUGGAAAGUGAAAGAGGAAAAUUUUCCCAGUGUAAGAUACAUUGGAGCAAAGCAGGAGACUGUUUAAAACUCAAGAAUAUGAUUGAAUUAACAUAACUUGACAUGCAUACUGUUCAUUGAUGAUGUUGUCUAAAUCAUCUUAUUCUUUCACAGAGGAAAUUUCCUUAUCAAUCAGAUUGUCAGGAACUAUCUAAAACUACACAGAAGCCAGUGGUGCCUAUGUGAGUUAUAUGAGAACUCUGCUCUCUAGAUCAUAGGAAAUCUGUAGUUCAUCUGGGCCAUUUUCUUUCCAUUUUGAUUUAUUCUGAGAGGAGCUCUGUAUGUGCUGACAGUGAAUGAUUAGAUGUGAAGAAUCCCUUAUGUACAGCCAUUUUCUUAGUUUAAAAAUUAGCAUGUCAGUAUCUUAUCUUUGAUUCAUUCCCCUUUUGUCUCAUUCUAUUUACUUGGGGGGUGGGGUAUGUAACUUCUGUCAUCUUUGCUAUGUUGUGAAUAGCAGCAGUUAAAUUGUCUAAUUUACUAUCUGCUUGCUUCUUCUACCCAGGUCUUUUCUUUUUGAAACUAAGUUGCUCUUGGUUUUCUUUAGAGGGAAUUGCUAUUUGAUCUACUCUUAGUAGUGAUUCAUAUUCAGGAACAGCUGGUAAGGCUUUUAGUGAUAACUUACCAAGAUAGUACUUUGAACACAGUAUUGUGAAUGUCUACUUGAGACAAGAAGCUGAAUACUGUUCGUAUAUUUCAGGAUUCUUUUGUUAAAUGAGAAGUACCUUGUCUCCUAAGUCAACUGCUUCUCUGUGGAAAGUAAAUGGCAUUGAAGACAACCAAAUGUGGUAAUAUUUAGUGUUAGUUGAGACUGCAGCAUUACUGUAGUUAAGUUGGUUAUUUUCAGAUACUUAAAUUAUUGUUGACUUUAGAUCAAUAAUUAAUAAUUGAGUAGAUUUUGGUUGGUUGUUUCCUGAGAGUCAGAGAACAGCGUAACAUAAAUUAACACCCCCCUAUAUAAAAACAGAAAAAAAUGGAAGUGACGUUGCAGUCUUUAUUAACCAACUGUUUCUCAGCUCUGCCCUGCACUGAGAGGCCCCUGUCAAGACCCAAGUCUUGGCACCGGAAGUGUCUAAAUUUUGCUAUUGCUAAUUCUUUGUGCUCGUCUGUUCUGAUUUGGUAUGCUAAAGUUAAAUAGGUACUGAAGAUUUAUGUUUUUAGCUGUAUGCUGUGAUCAGUAAACCUGGUGCCAGAAUCUUAAAAGAUGUACUUGCCAGGUGAUAGCUUUUUAAGUAUCUGUGUGCGUAUAAUGCAGUGACCAGACCCUGUGGGGAGAUGCAGAAGAGAUUUUAGAAUUCAGUGAUGGCACAGAUAAUCAGUUCAUUACAUUUUAUUUCUUUUCAGUGGGUUUUUGAGUUUCAGUGUCUAAAAAUUAUGAUAAUAAUAAUUAUUUCCUCUGUUGCUUUAUUUGUGGUUUCCAAAACUCUGCUGUAAUUGUUUCCUGAUUUUCUCUAUUAGACAAGUAUUUUCCUGAUAAAUAAGAUAUCAAAAGCAUCAAUCACCAGAAAUUAAGAAAAUGUAUCAGGACUAGCUUGUUUUGAUAUGUUCUAAAGUCAAGUGGAGCAACUCAUUAUUUACAUUUUAAUAAAUAAAAAUUCAAAAUGAUCUUGCUAAAUUAUCCCAUUAUUUAGAUAUAGAAAAUAAAAGAAUUCUUUGAAGGAAAUUUGUCAUAGUCCUACCUAUGUCUAGAAGUUGACAUUACAAUAAAACUGACCAAUAUCUCAAUACUGAAGAGUCACCAUAAAUCAGUUGAUGUCAUGGCUUCUUUAUUUUUCUAUAUACUUCAUGAUAAAGUUGAUUCCAAAAUUAUUUAAAUUCUGUAACAACCUAAAAAAUCUGUAGUAGCAAUGAAAAAAUAGAUCUUUGUUCAUCACUUUAACUCUAAGUAAAGAUGUACUUUGAAAUUCUAUACAAGUUUUUGGAAAUUUUGUAAUUGAAAUGUGUUUGGAGAGCUUUUAAGUUUUCGGAGAUGAUCUAGUGCAUAAUUUUAGCUUUUAAAUUUAGGUAACAUUCCAUUAUGUUUUUAAAAGAAGCAUAAUCUUUUGAAGCAUAGCUUUUACGAUAUAGGCGGUAUUAAGGCUUGCAUUAAAGUGGUGGAGAACAUGGAUUCUGGAGCCAGACAGCCUGUCUUAACCAGGCUUUAGGCAGGAUGAUUUCCCUGUGCCUUACCUUUUUAAAGGAGAUAAUAAUUCUGUUUUCUACGUCAGUAGUAAAUGGAAAGAUACUUAUGUACAAGACCAGACACAUGGGAAAUACCUAGUGUUAGUAGCUAGUAGAAAUAGUAGAGAUAUAUGUACCCGUUUAUGAACAAUUUUUGUUAGUUUCUGUAAUCAUAAGUUGUAGUAGUAAUACUUAGACUCUAAUUGGUGUAUAUAAAGAGGCCUAGAUGUAACAGAGAACAUUAUAGGUUCUGAUACCUGCUGGUACUGUAGCCUGGUGACUUUACUAUUUUAUCAACUGCACAUUGGACACUACUUGAUUCUGUGGACUGCAGCUGACUAGAAUACAGCAAUGACAUAUAAAUGACUGUGUAUGGAAGAUAACAUAAUCUAUGAUAAGAGAUAGAUACCAACUGUUGUGAAGGUGUAAAGCAGAGUUACCAAACUCAGACUAGGCAACAGAAUGAUUAAACUCUAAAAAUGAAAAUAAAACAAUAAAACGUCAUAGCUCUACAGUAUGUGGAUAGAGGAACAUAACAUAUGAAGUAGAAGUUUGGAAAGGAUAUUCACAUACAGAAGUAUGAUAAAAAAAAAUAGUCUUAGUUAAUAUGUCUAGAGAGAUCAACAAACAGCAAAUUGUGAAGAAAUGAGUAUGUCAAAUUGAGUAAGAAAAAGAUUUACAUUCUGCUUAUAGAGGGAUGUGAGUGAAGGCAGAGAAAGCUGUUAGGAAGGAAGGUUACAGUGUUUCAGGCAAGAUGAUGAGAGACUGAAUUAAGACAAUGGCACUGGGUAAAGCAGAGAAGGAAGGAAGUAAAGAUUUGAGGGGUAGAAUUGACUCACCUUGGCAGUUUGAAUUUAAGGAAUCACAGUCUGGUUGUUCUUUCUCAGUAUCCUGAAGGGUUGAAUCUACCUAGAAAAAGGUGAUUAUCCUAGUAGUAUCUUCUAGAGACACAGAUAAGGAACACAAUUCUAAAGCGAAAAAACUGAAUCUUAAAUGGAGAUACCAGAGCGGGGCAGAUCCUUCAGAAAGAAACAAGACAGGGGCUAGUUGGCAAGUUGUGAGAAAGUAAGGCAUGUGGUGUGUGUGUGUGUGUGUGUGUGUGUGUGUGUGUUAAGAGGGUCUGUAAAUGAAUGGGGAAUGAUUUACACUAAGCUAGUUCAGUAACAGCUGGCUUGGUUAGUUGCUGUUGAUCGCCGUCUGGCUGUUUACACCAUUAGAAUGGGGUUGCUUACAUAGCUGUGAUGUGCUUUGAGUCAUUCUUAAGGUUUUCUCUUUGAUAGAUUUGUCCCAUACCCUUUACAUUAUGCCAUUCUUGUCAGAUAUUUGAGACAAAACUACUUUGGGAAGCAGGCCUUUAUUUAAAGAAGUAGACAUAAGGGCAGGUGGAUCCUGCUGUCCUAACGGAUGUUACUGUUAAGGUGGGUUGGGUCAGGCUAGGUAAGAGGAAGACUAAACGAAGUAUAUAUUUUCUUGGAAAUAUGUGUGUUGCUGUGGACCAUGUCAUGGUUUCUUCUGCUUGGCAGAGGCUAGGAAAUGAGGACUGGAGGAGCAGCACUGACUUUGGCCUAUCUUUGUGGGUCAAGGAGACCACUCGCCCCACAGACUCGCUGAACCUAAUACAUGUUCACGGAAACACCACCCAAGCUUUCUGAGAUUCUCUUGUAGAUUAUUCAAGACUGCCUUGACCAGGAAUUCCUACAAAGGCCUGUGAGUGUAGUAGAGAUGGAACACCUCAAAGGUCAUCCUCACAUUUGCUAAAUAUAUCUAGAUGGUUCAAGACUUGAUUUCUCAGAUCAAAUGUAUAAAAAUAAUAUCUGCAGUACUCCAAUGAUGCUAUAAUUAUAAAAAUGAGUUAAGUUCUGUAUAUUGCCUCAUUUGUAUAAUUAUAUUUUCCACAAACUUUUGAAUUCAGUGUUUAGUGUUGUAUAGAAUUUUAGGGUACGUAACCAAAGAUAUAUCUUUCAAAUAAAGUCAGUUUGAGAGUCUAAUGUUUUCUGACUGACUUGGUCAUGUAAUACCUGGGGUAUUAUUGGGUAACAAAUGUAGACUGUACAGUGUUAUCAGUGUAAAUUUGCCUCAGAAAAAUAUCAAAUAGCUGUCAUGAACCUUUCACGAUAACUUAUUAGCACUUGAAUUAAAACAUGAAUACAUUUGUAGAUGCUCAGAUGAUGUCAGUCAGGGAUAUCAGAUGAUACUAGUUAAUCUUUUGUUAGAAUUCAGACAUGUGUAGUCCAAAGGAACACAAUUCUAAAAUGUUCUGUAAAUUGAAUAUCCAAACUGUUGACAUUUCAACAUGUGGUCAGUACAGAUGAUCAUGAGACCUGUUUUUUCAAUAUCUACACUCUAGCAUGUAUUUCAGUUGUGACAUACCUCUAUUCAGGGCUAAGAUGUUUAAAUGCUUAACCAUCUUAAACGGCUAAUUUCUAAUGGGCAAAAUUCUUUUGGGCAGCACAGGAGUAGAUGAGGCUCCUCCAGAAAGUUCUGCCCACUCUUCUCUCUU